UCCAGUUUUUACUUUUUACCUGUGUUCUUGUACAUUUAAAAUAGAUAAUAAUAUUUAUUUGCUUCGCAUUACAAGAGUGUAAAGGUCUUCUCAAAUGAAUUUGAUAUUUGAAUUAUAUAUUAUCAAAUUUAAUACAAAACACUCGUCCUUUAGACUGUAAAAUUGCUAGAAAUGUAAAGAUCUAGUACAUCCAAAUUAAUUAUUAAUCUAGUGAAAAGUAAAAUGUAAAUACAGUCAACAUGCGGCGCGAGUUUAUUUUCUUAUUGCUAGCGAUUAUUACCGGCUCGACUAUAUGGUCCUUAGUGUCUAACGUUUUUCGGUUUGUGUUUAUGGACAAGAUGUUAUUAGAUACAGUUAUUGGUGCAGUUGGUGCUGGAAACUUCUCCUACUGGCAGUUAGGGCACGGAGGGCCUCUGUUAGUCGAGCUGACGUCUUUGAGUGGUGAUGCAGAUCUAUAUGUAGCUGAUAACUUAAGGCCCAGCUACGAAGUAGACAGGCACAACUUUAGCUCGAUAACGUGUGGUCCUGAUGUUGUCAGCAUACCGGCUGAUUUUCCCCGACCUGUUGGUAUUGGUGUCUUCGGUGCGUGGUCACAUUCUGUGUCAGCAUACAGCAUCCACGUGUUCCUGGAUAGAUCUGACCUGAUGAGCGACGUUCAAAUGAUAACCAUAGAGCACGUACCGCGCUACCACAACAAUUAUGAUGCAGAAGAUGAAGAAACUAUUGUGAAGUCGCAAGAAUACGAGACGACCAAGUCCAGUUCCAAAUGGUCGGACAGUAACAAUACCAGAUACAUGAGGCUGCUGCACUUCUUAGACAUGGUCGUCGAUAUGUACAUAUUAUAACAAAUAGCCGUUGACUACUAUCAUGACGGACUGCCGUGACGUUGGUGAACCUAGGUUCAAAAGUCACGUUGAAACUUGUAGUCAUGACCGUAAGGGGCUAAUCCAUAAAUUACGUCACAUGAAUUUCAUGAUUUUGUGACCGCUCUCCGUCCUACAGCUGGUCACUUUGUGACACCCCCUCCUACCUAGUGUGAUGUUACAUAUUUCGCAAUUUAACAUUUAGACAUUUUGAAAAUUCAAACAACUGUGUUCCCAAAUUAUUUUUGUUUCCAUUUAAAUUCUUUUUUAAUAUAAUUAACAUAAAAUCAAAAAUAUUAUAUUUGUAAGUUUAGUAGGGAGUUACUAGUUAGGUAGUAGGUGGUUAAUAGUUUCAAUUUACUGUUGUAACACUUCGAUAAAAAGAUGUUACAAUGUCACAAAAUUUAUGACAAGAAGCGGGGAGGCCGCCGUGAUUUAUGGAUGGCCCCUAACCAUAUAAGAAAAAUUCUUUAGCUAGAAAAAGGUUUCGAUUAGUUAAAAUGAGCUAGAUUAAUAAUGGAUAAAGGGCUAACUAAAAAAAUGUUGGGCUAACGUGCGGAAACAAUAGAAUGCCUCAUGCCAAAUACUGUUUUGUUCAAAUUCUUUCAGUAUUAUAGGAAAUAUAAAAAUAAGGUCUCAUUCGAUUCGCAAUCGCGUUCAGGUGAUUUUUAUAUAAACUCGGCAUAAGUUAUAAAAACUUUACUAAAAGAAGGGGAUUUAGUUUUUUGCAAAUAUCUCAAAAACUAAUGAAAAUUUUUGAAAUCUAAAAACAGAUUAAAAAAAAAGGAAGAAAUGUCCUAAAAAAAGUCUCGACUCGCAGAACUCUACGAGCAAUUUAUAAUUUUUUCAAAGGGGUGAAAAUAUGGCAGAAAACGGGUACUCUCGCCCCCCUUUAAAUUGACAAAUUAUGUGACUAAGUUGACGAUUUUAAUUAUUUUGCUAAAUAAUUGCUAAAACAAAUUAUCAGCGUCCGUCUAGCGCGUGAGGUAGUGUUUCAACUUGUAAUAAGCGUAUACAGUAGACUUUGAAACAUUACUGCCACAAAAUAAGGUGUGAAUUUGUAUGAAUGUAAUUUAUCUUCUUAAUAUGUAUAUAUAAAUUACGUGUCACGUUGUUUGUCCGCGAUGGACUCCUAAACUAAUGAACGGAUUUUAAUGGGGAUUACAUCAUCAAGUGCAGUUUAGUCCAACUUGAGAGAUAGGAUAAUUUUUAUUUCGAUUUGGGACCCAUAAUUAUUUUUAAUUGCAAUAUUUGUUUUGUAUGAACAUAUUUUCUAUGAGAGAAUUUAUUUAAAGUGCUGCUAUGAAACAAUUUCAUUAUAACAACAUCGAGCAUAUUUUAAAAAAUAAUUAUUGAUGUCAUGAAAUAUUAUUGAUAAAUUCAUAAAAAAACAGUAUUUUUUUUAUUAUGCACAGAACAACGUCUGUCGGGACAGCUAGUAAGUUAUGUUUAUGUAUACACAACGCCGUUCGGACUUUUUUGGACGACCUUUUAAUAGGAAAUUGGGAGUCUAGAUGUUUAUGCUAAGACAAUGAUCGUUUUGCGUUGGGAGUUAUUUUUGCUAGGUUUCUCUUUAUAGCGGAGUGAUAAGUUCCAUGUUCAUUACGCACUAGUCAAAACUAAACCUUAGCAGACAGCAUUAUGGUUGAUUUUUACUAAAAUACUUUUAUGAUAUGCGAUAAUUUUAUAUUUUUGUGUAUAUCUUAGUAGGCAGAAGGCAUUGGUAUCUCAAGCCAUUUUCUUGCGCUGUGAUUAGUGGCGUAGCGUGCCUUGGCGGGGCCCCGUAUAUAAAUUUGUUUGGGGGCCCUUAUGAAGGGUAAAAAUUUCUCACAAAAAUAAAUGUUUGUAUCAAAUUAAAAGAAAGAUUUAUUCAUCAUAACUAUCUAUCCGUCACUUUUUCAAACAGAUCAAACAAAUCGAAUAAAUAAUAAAACACCUCUUUACUUAUUUAAAAAACUUGAAUGGCUAGGGCAACGCAGUGCAAGUAAUAUAAAAACUAGAUCUGCCUCGCAGAUAUUAGCAGUGCCCCGGCAUCACUCAACAGCGUUCAGGGGUAGUCUUCGAUACAAUGCUACUAAGUGCUGGAACAAUUUACCGCCACCAAUCAGACAACUGAAAAAUAUUCAAAAUUUUAGAUUUAAAUGUAAAAAAACUAUUUUAGAUUCUUUAUAUAAUAAUUAAUCUUGAUAUGCAAUGUAUCUUAUAGUAAAUAUAGACUAACACAAUUAUGUAUCCUUAUUAAGUGUAUUAAAUGUUUACCAAUAUAUUAUCUAUA